AUGUAUUGUUUCUCCAUCGUACAGGCGCCGGACGCUGUCAAGGUCGGGCAAAGUUUCUCGGUUGAAGUAUCCUUUGAGAAUCCCCUUCCAGUUACCUUGACCCAAUGCGAGCUGCGCGUUGAGGGACCAGGCAUUCAGAAACCUUUCGUCUACGCAGAAAAUAACAUUGACGCCAAGAAGACGUUCCUGGGGACGUUGAAGAUGACGCCAGUAAAGGUAGGCGCCAAGAAGAUUGUUGUAAACUUCAACUGCAGGCAUAUUUCCGCCAUUACCACGUCACAUCCGGUCACUGUGGCAUAGUAGAUGAAACAGAGUAUGCGCAGCACAACGAAAUGAAACUCGAUCGGUGUAAUGAUAAUCCAAAUUCUAAUUUAUUGCCAAAUUUGGGUUUGCGUAUUUGUGUGCAUCAAUUAUAUGUUCUUGUAAAUGUUCA